GGCCAGCUGCAUAACACUGCUCCAAUCACGUCGCUCUUUGGAAUGAAGAUGAUGCGUAAGAUGGGCUGGACUCCUGGUGAAGGUCUUGGCAAGCACAGGAAGGGAACCCUUGAGCCCCUGCUGGUUGACGUCAAGACAGAUAGGAGAGGAUUACAUGCCAAGCAGGAGUCUGCACCAAAGAAGGCAGCUGCACCCAAACUCAAGGAAUUUGAUGGAAAGCACCCUGUGUCGGCACUGAUUGAGCUGUGCACAAAGCGUGAGUGGCCGCCACCGGAGUUCGACAUGAUCUACGACUGUGGACCAGACCACAAGAAGAACUUCCUCAUGAAGGUUAUAGUAAACGGGCAUGAGUUCCGGCCCUCAGUAGCAGCUUCGUCCAAGAAACUGGCCAAGGCAAAUGCGGCAGCUGCUUGCCUUGGGUCCAUCAAGGAUCUAUUUCCUGACCCUCCAGAGCCCAAGCCAACAGGUGAUGAAGGGGCAAAGGCUGCCCCGCCAGCAGCUGGCGAGACUGAGGCCAAGGUGUAGAACAGCUGCAUUAUGAUACGAGGGUGACUAGGAGGAAGAAGACAGUAUAGAGAAGGAUAAGGAUAUUGGUGAAAAAGGGAGAAUGGAGGAGUAGAGGAAAUAGGAAAGAAUAUAUUAGAAGGAGAUAAAAGGAGGAGGAAGACCAGAAAAAGAUGAAGGAAAAGCAAAGAAGUAGGACACUAAGAAGUAGAGGAGCAGAUGCAAAGUAGAAGUAGAAGCUAAGAGGAAGAAGAAGAGGACAAAGACAGGGAAGAAAUAGAAGUGAAAGGGAUGUGAGGAGGAAGUGCAACACUAGAAAGAAGAAAAUGUGUGAAGGAGAAGAGGAAAAGGAAGAUGAGAAGGAAGGGAUAGACGAAGAGGAAAAUAAAAAGCGAAAGCAGCAGCCAUGAUGCGCCUCCCUGAGUGUGACAUUUAUUUUUUUAAUUUUCGUUAUGUUCUUCCUUUUAUGCUCUCAAAAUUCGACAAACAUUUUUUUUUUCUUGCAAGAUGAUCACAGUGAUCUCUUGAUUUCGUUUUCCAAUCUCUCCCAAGGUUGUCAUUUUUGUGUUAUUUAUAUUAUAAUUAUUAUUUUAUACUACUGUUAUUAUUAACUAAAUGUUGCUGGGAAGGCAAGAAUACAAGCCAUGUCUGCUGUAACUUUAUUUCUUUCUUUAUAUGGAAGGCUGCACGGAUUCUUAAUUACUAGAGAAGAGAAUCAUUUACUAGUCCUACCUAGCUAACCCAUUUCCCCUUUUCCUUGAUAUUUUUUCUUUUCUUUUUUUUUCUUCUUUCCAUUGCUAUUUGUAUUGAUAAUCAAAUUCAGAUCAGUGUCAACAACAACCAUAUUGAAAUCGUUGUUAUUAGGAGCAUUAGAACGACACUUUUUUCCCAAAAGCCUCAAGGAAAGGGGA